CCAGCGUGAUCAGCUCCCACUUCUGCUGUGGUCUGGCUCAUCAAUCACUGCAGCUCUGACUGUCCUCCUGCCCUCCCGAACCCCUCCCGCCCCCCUGAGCACCCUCCCGUCCACUCCUGGAUACUUCGUGAAUUAUUCUCCCCCUCGUUCACCUCCAGCCCACACCAUGAGCGCUACCCGUGGGACGUGGAGUGGACUAAGUACGCUCAGCCUGUUGCUGUUGGUCCACGUGAGGACGAGCUGCCGGGCCAUGGCGCUGAACUCCGUACCCCUGCGUCAGGUAUCGGACGCCCCCCUCGGGGGUGAGGUGGAAGGUGCAGGAUUUCACAGAUGGAAGAGGAACUGGGUGUGGAACCAAUUUUUCGUCCUGGAGGAGUACACCGGGGACGAGCCGCUGUAUGUCGGCAAGUUACACUCAGACGUGGAUAAAGGUGAAGGGAGGGUCAAAUACGUCCUGACGGGCGAGGGCGCCACCAGCAUCUUCACCAUCGACGAGAACACAGGUGACAUCCACGCCACCAAGCGCCUGGACCGCGAGGAGCAGCCGUACUACACGCUGAGGGCCCAGGCCCGCGACCGAUCCACCAACCUGCCCGUCGAACCCGAGUCCGAGUUUGUCAUCAAGGUGCAGGACAUCAACGACAACGAGCCCAGGUUCCCCGACGGCCCGUACCAGGCACAGGUGCCCGAAAUGUCUCCAGUGGGUACGUCUGUGGUGGAGGUGAAGGCGACGGACGCUGACGAUCCUACGUACGGUAACAGCGCCAGAGUCGUCUACAGCAUCCUAGAGGGACAGCCGUACUUCUCCGUCGAACCCAAGACAGGGAUGGUGAGGACGGCUCUGCCCAACAUGGACCGUGAGGCUCGAGAUCAGUACCUGCUGGUCAUCCAGGCCAAGGACAUGGGGGGUCAGAUGGGCGGCCUGUCCGGGACCACCACCGUCACUGUGACCCUGACCGACGUUAACGACAACCCUCCUCGCUUCUCACGCAAAUCCUAUCAGUUCGGCGUGCCCGAGUCCCUGCCCGUGGCGUCGGUGGUGGCCAGGAUCAAAGCCCUGGACGCGGACGUGGGGCCGAACGCUGAGAUGGAGUACAGAAUUAUUGAGGGCGACGGCCUCGGGGUGUUCAGGGUCGAGCCAGACAAAGACACACAGGAAGGAGUCAUAACUCUGCUCAAGACUCUGGACUAUGAAACCAAGUCGAGCUACACCCUGAAAAUCGAAGCGUCCAACAGGCACGUGGACCCUCGGUACCGCUCUCAGGGUCCCUACAGCGACACGGCGACGGUCCGGCUCACGGUGGACAACGUGGACGAGCCGCCCGUCUUCUCCGCACCCGUCAGCAAGAUGGUCGUCUCGGAGGCGGCUAAAGUGGGAACCAUCAUCGGCUCGGUGUCGGCCGCCGACCCCGACGUCACCAACAGCCCCAUCAGGUACUCGAUCGACCGCAACACAGACCUGGAGCGCUUCUUCAACAUCGAUGCCAUGACCGGGGUCAUCAGCACUGCCAAAGCUUUAGACCGAGAGGUCAACGCGGUCCACAACAUCACCAUCCUUGCCAUCGAGAGCCUGGACCCGUCGCAGGUGGGGAAAGGAAUCACCCUGAUCACGGUGAUGGACGUCAACGAUAACGCUCCUGUCUUCGCCAUCGAGUACGAGACCUUCCUGUGCGAGUCGGCUACACCGGGCCAGGUGAUCGAGACCAUCAGCGCGGUGGAUAAAGACGAGCCUCCCAGCGGUCAUCGCUUCUUCUUCUCACUCACCGCCGACACUGCUGGGAACCACAACUUCACCCUGCGAGACAACAAAGAUAACACGGCGUCGGUCCUGACGAAGCGUGGCGGUUUUCACCGGCGGGAACAGUCUCUGUACCGUCUGCCCGUGUUGAUAGUGGACGGCGGGAGUCCGGCCCUCAGCAGCACCAACACUCUCUCAAUACGGGUGUGUGAGUGCGACCCUGACGGAGCUCCGCAGGCCUGCGGCACCGAGGCCUUUCUGCUGACCGCCGGACUGAGUACCGGAGCCCUGACCGCCAUCCUGGCCUGCAUCCUCACGCUGCUGGUUCUGGUGCUGCUCAUCGUGACGGUGCGGCGGAGAAAGAAGGAGCCACUGAUCGUGGACGACGAGCGCGACGUGCGCGAGAACAUCGUGCGCUACGACGACGAGGGCGGCGGUGAGGAAGACACCGAGGCCUUCGACAUGGCGGCCCUGCGCCACCUCAACGCGGCGCGCGAGACCAAGACGCGGCGCGACGUGACGCCCGACAUCCCCGCCCUGUACCACAGCCGCCCCCCGGCGUACAAGGCGGCUCCGGAUCACGGCGUCUUCCGCGACUUCAUAUGGGAGCGUCUGAAGGAGGCGGACGUGGACCCGGGCGCCCCGCCCUACGACUCGCUGCAGACCUACGCCUUCGAGGGGAACGGCUCGGCCGCGCAGAGCCUCAGCUCGCUGGAGUCGCUGAGCUCCAACUCCGAGCACAACUACGACUUUCUGAGCGACUGGGGGCCACGGUUUAAAAAGCUGGCCGACCUUUACGGGCACGGAGAGGGCAGCAGCGUGUUCUCAUCGUAG